AUGAAACGUUCCACCGACGAUUCCGCGGCGCCGAUUCCCAAACCAGUUUUCCUCACCAAAGCCCAGCGUGAACAGCAAGCUAUUGAACGCCGUCACAUUCAAGUCACCGGUCAUCGGCGCAAUCAAGAAGAGCUCCUCCUUUCGAGUAACAACCGUCCCUCCGAUCCAAAACCCUCCGAUUCCGAUCGACGAGAUCGCGAUUCAGAUCGCAGAGACAGAGACAGAGAUAGAGAUAGGGAUAGUUACAGAGACAGAGAAAGGGAUAGGGAUAGGGAUAGAGAUAGAGAUAGAGAUAGAGAACGUGAUAGGGAAAGGGAUAGGGAUAGAGAUAACAGAGAUCGGGAACGGCGAAACCGCGAUAAGGAACGUGAAGAAGAGAGUAAGGCUCGUGAGCGUGCUCGAUUAGAGAAGCUAGCGGAACGAGAGAAAGAGAAAGAGCUUGAAUCGAUUAAGGAACAAUACCUAGGUUCGAAAAAACCUAAAAAGAGGGUUAUUAAACCUAGUGAGAAAUUUCGAUUUUCGUUUGAUUGGGAAAAUACUGAAGAUACUUCGCGUGAUAUGAAUUAUCUUUACCAAAACCCUCAUGAGGCUCAGCUUUUGUUUGGUCGAGGGUUUCGUGCUGGGAUGGACCGUCGCGAGCAGAAGAAGCUUGCUGCCAAGAAUGAGAAGGAGAUGAGGGAUCAGAUCAGGAAGAAGGAUGGAAUUGAGGAGAAGCCCGAGGAGGCUGAUGCACAGAGGCGUAAAGAGGAGGCUGCUGAUAUGUAUGACACGUUUGAUAUGAGGGUUGAUCGUCAUUGGAGUGAGAAGAAACUUGAAGAGAUGACGGAGAGAGAUUGGCGUAUUUUUAGGGAGGAUUAUAAUAUCUCUUACAAAGGUUCAAAGAUUCCUCGUCCUAUGAGGAGUUGGGUUGAGAGCAAGUUGAGUCAAGAGCUUUUGAAGGCUGUGGAGAAAGCUGGUUACAAAACCCCUUCUCCAAUUCAGAUGGCUGCUAUUCCCCUGGGUCUUCAGCAGCGUGAUGUUAUUGGUGUGGCUGAGACAGGUUCAGGGAAGACUGCUGCAUUUGUUCUUCCUAUGUUGAGUUAUAUCACAAGGCUUCCUCCUAUUAGUGAGGAGAAUGAGGCUGAGGGUCCUUAUGCUGUUGUUAUGGCGCCAACUCGCGAGCUUGCUCAGCAGAUUGAGGACGAGACUGUUAAAUUUGCGCAGUAUAUGGGAAUUAAAGUUGUUUCCAUUGUUGGUGGUCAGUCUAUUGAGGAGCAAGGGUUUAAGAUAAGGCAGGGUUGUGAAAUUGUGAUUGCUACCCCUGGUCGUUUGAUUGAUUGCUUGGAGCGUCGCUAUGCGGUUCUCAACCAGUGUAAUUAUGUUGUUCUUGAUGAGGCUGAUCGCAUGAUUGAUAUGGGGUUUGAGCCACAAGUCAUGGGUGUGCUUGAUGCUAUGCCAUCUAGUAAUUUGAAACCUGAGAAUGAAGAUGAAGAGCUUGAUGAGAAGAGGAUUUAUAGGACCACUUAUAUGUUUAGUGCCACUAUGCCUCCUGCUGUGGAGAGGCUUGCUAGGAAGUAUUUGAGGAACCCUGUUGUGGUGACUAUAGGCACUGCUGGAAAAGCAACUGACUUGAUCAGCCAGCAUGUGAUCAUGAUGAAGGAAUCUGAGAAAUUUUAUAAGCUUCAGAGAUUGUUGGAUGAGCUUAAUGACAAAACCGCAAUUGUGUUUGUCAACACCAAGAAGAGUGCUGAUUUUCUUGCUAAGAAUUUGGAUAAGGAAGGCUAUCGGGUGACCACUUUGCACGGAGGGAAAUCACAGGAACAGAGGGAGAUUAGUCUUGAAGGAUUUAGGACCAAGAGAUAUAAUGUGCUGGUUGCAACCGAUGUUGCUGGACGUGGACGUACUGGCCGUGCGGGAAAGACUGGUGUGGCUACAACAUUCUUGACUCUCCAGGACACUGAUGUCUUUUAUGACCUUAAGCAGAUGCUCAUUCAGAGUAAUAGUGCUGUUCCACCUGAAUUGGCAAGGCAUGAAGCUUCCAAAUUCAAGCCAGGAUCUAUUCCUGACAGACCACCUAGGCGAAAUGACACUGUUUUUGCCCAUUAA